GAAUGGAGACGAAGAUAGGAAUGGAGACGAUGACAUGGAUGAAACCUCACAAAAUAUUUUAGAAGCACGAUCAAAGGUUGUGCAGAGCCUUGAAAAACAAGCCAAAAAGAUGAAAGCAAUCUCUCACAAGGUGCAUCCACCAGCGAAAGUUGGAGAUAACAUCAUCAUACCUACUCCUGAUGUAGACAGGGCUAAAGGAGAUCUUCGGAACGUUAUUGGAGUUGUGCUUGAAGCAUCUGAUGGCGGAUUUUAUAAGAUUAGGACCCAACAUGGUAUCUUACAAAAUUAUAUUGCAGAAAUGAAUUUGAUAUCUGCACACAAAGGUUUUUAUUGGAAGAAGAAGUAAACAAGAACAAUGAAAUUUCGUUGAGAACCGCAGCGAUAAAACAUUCAGUUGGAACAGGCCAAGGUUUCUUUAAGUGUAGUUGCACCAAGAAGUGUAAGUCGAAUCGAUGUCUUU